CCGGUCCUGGCCGCCGCCAUGUUGACCCGGCCCGGCUACGGCAGCCCCGUGGGCUCACGCGUGCGCCCUGCCUCCGUACUGCUGGACGCUGCCAUCUUGCCCCUCAACCCCCCCGCUGCGUGGGAGCCGCCAUCUUGAACUGAAUCCGGGAACGGUGGCCCUCAAGGGUCAAGUGUCCUCCAACUCCGAGAGCCUCCUAGCAGCCGCCCUACCCCGGCUCACAGUACACCAGUAUAUAGGUGACCUAUACCUAGGGAUGCCAACCCUCCAGGAUUGUCCUGGACUCUCCAGGAAUUAAAGAUUCAGCUUUUGUUAAAGACUAUGUCGUGAUGAAACCUCCAGGAAUAUAUCCAACCAAAACUGGCAACCCUAUCUGUACCAGGCCAGGCUAUUAAACCAGAUCAGCUUCCCCUCGUGUAGACGCAGUCUGGCGCUGCUAUUCCAGUAUGGGAAGGGGAAUAAACUAGACCAGCAUAAGGCACCUUUAUCCCCAUGUAAGCCCUGGUCCACAUUACGGGUUUAGGUCGAAUUUAGCAGCCUUAGGUCGAUUUAACCCUGAACCCGUCCACACGACCAAGCCUGUUUUGUCGACUUAAAGAGCUCUUAACAUUGAUUUCUGUGCUGCUCCCCGGUGAGGGGUUUAGCACUAAAAUCGACCUCGCAUGGUCAAAUUUGGGGUAGUGUGGACGCAAUUCAACGGUAUUGGCCUCUGGGAGCUAUAGUGCUCCACUGUGACCGCUCUGGGCAGCCCUCUCAACUUGGAUGCACUGGCCAGGUAAGACAGGAAAAGACCCGGGAACUUUUGAAUUUCAUUUCCUGUUUGGCCAGCGUGGGGAGCUGAUCAGCAGGUGGCCAUGCAGAGCUCCUCAGCGCAGGAGACCAUGCAGUCCCAGACUCCCAAAGGAGCUCCAGCGUGGACCCAACGGGAUGGGCUGGAUCUGAUCUCUAUCUGGGGAGAAGUGUCUGUGCAGGCAGAACUCCCGGACCACGAGGCCGGGGAAGGAACCUCUGCUGCAAAUGUAUCUAUGCUCCCCCGCUCGUUUCCGUCCCAGAGGGCAGCGCGGAUUAGAAGGCGAAACAAACGCACUUGCGAUGAGAUGUUCUCCGAACUCCUGGAGGCCUCCCGCGCUCACAGAGCUCAGCAGAAGGCGUGGAGGCAAACAGUGGCAGAGUUCAGGAAAGCAGAAAAUGAACGCGAGGAGAGGAGGUGGGAGCGCGAGGAGAGGAGGUGGGAGCGCGAGGAGAGGUGGCGGCAGCAUGAUCGAAGGACACAGGCUGCAAUUCUGAGGCUAAUGCAGGAGCAAACUCAGCUGCUCAGGUGUCUGGUGGAGCUGCGGGAAAGGCAGCAGGAGCCCACAGUGCCGCUGCAGUCCCUGUAUAACCGCCUGCCCUCCUCGCCAAGUUCCACAUCCUCCUCACCCUGACACCCAAGAACAAGGGCACCCGGCCUCUCCGCCCCAGAGGAUUGCCCAAGCAACGGAAGUCCGGCAUUCAAUACGUUUUGAAGUGCAGUGUGGCCUUGUCUUUCCCUCCUCCCCUCAUCCACCACCCCACCUGGUGCUUCCCGCCUCGCCCACCCCUCCUGGGCUACCUUGCGAGUUUCCCCCCUAUCUGUGUGAUGAAUUAAUAAAGAAUGCAUGA